AUCGCCUUUUAUAGAUACCUGUAAAAAUACGGUUAUGAUUCAUUCGUUUGAUUAGCAACUUGUGACAAACAAUGUAAAGUAUUAAAUAUCGGUUACAGUUUAUGUGACACAGUAAGUUCGAACGGGUACCUACUAGAUUAACAACUUUCAUUAAAAUGGCGAGAAAUGAAAUAGACAGACUCCCAUUUUGGAUUUCUCCAGUGGUGGAGUACACUUUCUUUAUAUGCCAGCUGAGCAGUGAAACCCAAACGAAAUAUGAAAAUGCAUUUGAUCAAUAUGCUUUACAAUAUUUUGUGACUCUGAAGAGGGGCAUAUUUGCUGAAUGCUUGGCAAAACACGGCAUUGUGUUUGAAAUAGUAAAUCAGGAUAGAACUAUUCUUCUUCAUUGUCCCGAUGACCGCAGCCCCGACACAAUUUAUAACAUUUUGAACGAACUCCUAAAGAGAAAAUGUAAUGACUAUGCAAUAGAUUUACAGGCGUCAGAUGGAGACAAGUUUUUAAGACAAAUCAGCAAUAAGGGACCGAUGCAGGUGGUUCAUGGAUCAGCAAUCGUUAUCAAACAUGACACAAAGAUUAUUUGUGUGUCUGAGAGUAUUGACUGUCUUGAUAGGCUUUUAGUUGAAAUGGGGUAUAACGAAGUUGAGAUACUCGAUAUAAAGCAAUUUGGGCCGAAUUUGUCAUUGCUUGGUAUACAAGAUGUAUGUUUGCAUCCAAAUAUUCAGAGCAUUUCAGUUCAACAUAGGCAGCAUGCAUGCAGUUUAGAAUGGAAAGGACGAGCAAUAAAAAAAGGAGACGUGCUUAUUCGCGAAUUUUUGAAAAGCUGCUCAGAAAGAAAUAUUGAAUUUGUUGAAGGAGAUAAGCUUCGUCCUUACACUGAACUUGCUUGCAAAGUGAUUUUUGAUGCAGAUGGCGAUAUCAAUCAGCAUUAUGUUAUGUACUUGAAAAGAACAAGCACAAGUAAAAAGAUUUGCACCCACUUCUCCUUGGUCCAAAAGGACGGAAGACUUGUUCUUUACGGAAGAGAUGGGGACGUUGAUAUUCUAAAGAAUAACGUAGAGGGAUCAAUCUCAAAGCACAAUCUUGGAAAAAAACUGUUUACACAAAGUGAUGUUUUGAGUUUUUUGGAAAAAAAUAAAGAGAAACUUUGGUACGAUACGGGGACCGGAGCAUUAGUCUGCACGACAGAUCUGUCGCAGGAAGUAGAAGAUUUAUGCACACGAAUAACAUUAAGAGAGGUGUUUAAAGUUAAUUCAGCUGCAGAUGACAGAAAAAUAUUUAUGCCUGUCGAUAAUCAUUUUCCCGAAGGUUCAAGCGUUCAAUCCAUUAUGGGCAGGAAUAAAUGUUCAUUAAGUUUGCAUGCCAAUCAACCAAAAGCGGCCAUUAGUAGGAAAGACCUUUUAAAGAGAUGGGUCGAUCCAUAUGGUUCCACACAGAUAUGGGUUGCAGAGAUGGGUACAGAGAUUCCUUGUGUCGAUAUAUGUAUUGUCUUUACAGCUGACAUGCUUCGUCAUCUAGGUAUAUCGAAUCCCAUAUCAGAUGAAGGCAAUUCAGAAACGUCGGAAGAAGGUUACGGAAAAAAAACAACCUUCUAUGGCCCAUUUCCUUUUGCUAACGCAUGUAUUUGUUGUCGUGAGAUUCAUCUUGUUGGCGUGAAGAUGACAGAAAAUAAAAGGCUAAUGGAAUGUUUUGUUAAAGAAAUAACAUGUUCGAGAGACAAGGGUACCCAUAGAUUGGGCAUAGUUGCUGCCAUCGGCGAAAACCAAGAGGAAUCGGCUUGUGGAUAUGUUAUAUCUCAGUUUGUCAAUGCUGUACGGGAAGUUGUACAUCUACAAAGACCAACAUAUACACAGGAUGUAUACAUCGUUGUAGAUAAAAGGCAAAUAUUGGAGGCAGAAGAAAAUAUUGAAAUUUAUCUUUCUGGAGCCUUCAAGGCUUUUAGACGAGAAAAGUAUCAUGCAGCUACGACAUUCAAAGGGAAAACAAUUGAAAUAAAGUUGAUAAAAGGAUCAAUUACCAAGUCUUCUAGUGACGCUAUCGUGAGCACAACAAGUACAUAUCUCGACCUCUCGAACGGGUCUACCAACAUCGAUAUCUCUCGGGCUGACGGACGGGAACUUCGAAACGAAUAUAAAGUUUUUUACCCAGAAGGGAUUGAAAAAGGAAUUAUUGCAUUUUGCCAGACGCAUCGAUUGAAAAAGGAAAAAGUCAAAUUUAUUUUGCUUGGAGUCCUCGAUAAAUAUAUUUUUCAAAGCUUUGAAGCGAAUGUCAAAACUUUCGUGAAGUCCUGUUUGUUCUUGGCCGAAGAACUCGAGUGCCGUUCAGUGUCAUUUCCGGCGAUUGGUGUAGAAACACUGAAAUAUCCAAGGCGCGAGACAAUCGCCUUUGUUCUGGAUGCAAUUGACGCAUACAAACUUGAAGUGAAGCACUCCGACAUCACCAAAGUGAAUAUAGUUUGUGCUGAAAACGACAGAAAAACAAUCGAUGCCUUCAAGGCCUCAGAAGAAUGGCGACGACCAGACAGUUGCAAGGCAUCUCCUGAGAAGGGACAGAGGAGUUUCAAAGGACAAACAAUCGUUUCUAGUUAUUUCCAUUCCGCAAAUGUUACUAUAGUGCCAGUGGACGAGUAUUCUUAUUGGCCAUCAUUUGCUGUCCAUGUUAAGUUUUCGAAAGAAUUGAAAGGAAAAAAAGCGCAACGGAAAGAUGUUCAACUCAAAAAAGCAACUGAUGACCCAGUGACAUGGAAUGAUGAAAUACAUUUCAAAAAUAUAGAGUCACUGAAGACGGGACACCUGAUAAAUCAGUUGAAAGGAAUUCUCAACGACGAAAGAAUCACGUUCCUAAUCUGGAAUCUUGAUAGCAAAUGCAAGAUGUCAUACGGCGACCAGAUAGUUUUGACAGUUUCAAGUUUGGAAACUAUGCUCAAACCAGGAAAUUGCUACCUACAGAAUGUUGUGAUUUUGCUAGACGAUAGCAGUACAAUUGAAAGUCUUCAUACAAAGAUUGAAAACGAUAGUACAAUAUCCUGGCACCUGAGUUUAAAUGAGGCAGCCAGUGGAAGUUUAGAAAUGAUAGGGAGGACUCCAGAAUGUGCAUUGAAGGUGAAAGAGGAGGUCUUGCAAGUGAUUGAAGAGACGAAGAAUUCCAGAGAUGACCCAAAGAGCCAAAAUGAGGUGGAGGAAUCACAGACAAACGACACUGAAGGCUACGCGAACAAUUGUUUUCAGGAUUUGGCAAUUUCAUCUACAUUAAACGCAGGGAUCGUACGUUUCCUCGGAGAAGGUCUAAUGCGAUGGGCAUGCGUAGUCAAGGAAACAUUUAAUGUGACACUUGACCUAUCCAGCAGCGAUUCUGUUACAGUCAGUGGUGAUUUAAAAAACGUAUUGUCUUUCGAGACAUACCUGCACACAGGAUUUCCAAGUGACCCUGUAUCUGCGUCUUCAACGUAGACUGACAGUACUCGAAAUGCAUUCAAAUGACUUUCGACAUUUGAGUUAACGUCAAGCCAAUUUAAGUUUACAUAGGAACUGUAGUGAAAACCCAGGAUCUAGCCGAAUAACGAUAACGGACUUCACUGCCGUACGAAAUUGACAACACAAUAAACAAUACUUUAUAAGUAAGCACGUUCGUAUAAGUAUACAAAAUAUUAGUUUUUUUACCGAAUGCUUUGAAUUACCUGAUACAGACAUGGGUAACACUCGAAGAAGAACUUACCUGACCAGAACCAACAUAAUGCAGCGGAAGCGAAAAAAAGUAACAAACAUGAAUCUGUUCUAAAAUAUAAUACCGCUGCUUCUUUUGUUAAUGUUUUAAUGGACUUUCGCGGUAUAAUCUCUUUGUAUUUAACAUAAGGAAAACUAUCCCUUAUACAUGCAUUAUUGUUUAAAAAUUGUUUUUGUAGUUAUUGAACGCUCGUUUUUAAAAUCCACGUUGUAUAGCCAAUAUUUUGGAAUCAUCGAAAGUAUACCCAUUAAGACAAUGUUACCGGGCUUAUUUUAAUUACAAUUUCAGCAUUUCGAUAGUUUAUCAGAUUUAUUCGAAGCAAAAUUUUGCCUUCCGACGUAGCAUUUAUGAUGUAAUUUAUUACGUGCUAUACACACACUGUUUAUUACAUGUCCCUUCAUACAAACGACGUGUGUUAUAGCUAACACACAUACAUGUAGCUAAUUUAUAAACUGUUGUAUGGUUGCUUUCAAAUUUUUUAUUUAUAUCCAUCGAAAUUAUUUGUUUGCAAUUGAUCACUCGUUAUCGUUUGAUUGAUUUGAAAGAAUAUGUUUUGUUCUUGUAUGCUUGAUCGAUUACCCUGGACAUUCUAUAUGAUCAGUAAUAGUUGUUGUUGUUAUAAUAACUCUGUUCGUUGAUUAUAUAUUGAAUAUUAAAUAAUUAUAUGUUUGUGUGAGUGUUUAUAGUAUGCCGAUUAUUAUUUAAUGAUAGUUUGCAAAAGUUUGCCUUCCGACGUAGCAUUUAUGACGUAAUUUAUCACGUAGUAUACACACACUGUUUAUUACAUGUCCCUUCACAUAAACGCCGUUAGUAAUAGCUAACAGACAUACAUGUAGCUACUUUAUAAACUGUCGUAUCGUUGCUUUUAAAUUUUUAAUUUAUAUCCAUCGAAAUUAUGCUUGUAUUUAUAGAAUUAUGUAAAAAUGUUUUAAAAUGGUGUUAUAUAAAAAUAAUAUUAGCGUAAAUUUUUCCCAUCGAUAAUGACACGGCUCGUAAAUUCGAGUUCUUGUUGCCUAUUGUGAUUUAUGGAUGAAAUUUUGAAAAGAUGAUAUAUUGAAGAUAUAUAGUUCUCAGCAUUACACCGUAUAGCGGAGAACAAUUGUCUCAAAAUAGCCUGUCAAAAACUGGUUUGGUCAGUUUUGUAGGUGGCGCUAUAAAGCGCGGGAAAUGACGUAGUUAGGCGGCUAAAGUUGGCUUUGGUCAUUUCUACCGAGACUGCUGUUCGGGCAACAUCAAACUUGAAUUAUAUUUUCGUGAUGACCAUGUAGUUUGGUGAAAUUUAUAUUAUUUCACAAUAUAACCGAAAUGAGAUUGUUUGUAAAAUUAAAUCAUAUUUUUGAAUUUGUAUAAUGGAGCAAGUUGAGAUAUAUUCGUUGUCUCAUAUUUGGAGUGUUAGUCUGAGAAACACUAAAAGUGUUUCGAGCAUUGUUACGAAUACAUGUUUCCUUCCCCUUUAAAAAAGAUAAGCGAGGUUUUCCUUGACAGCCAGUAUCCCAGGGAAUAAUAUUCGAUCUUAUCAUUUUACAUACGUUACUGAUUCAGAAACAUAUGUUUUUCGAUAGGAUUGUGACUUGCUCAGGUUGGGGGUGAUAUAUGUAUAGUUAUGUACAUGUUAUAACGUUAUAACGUUAUGUAUGAAAAUACGUAAAAUGAUAGUAUAGUUUUAUAUACAUGCAAAGAAGUUAACAAAAGUUAUAGUACACUCUUGUGUUUUUGUUGAUGCAACCCCCUUGUAUCUGUUGUUAAUAAACU